AUGCAACCCGGAGUGGCGGUGGCCUACGGUGCAAGGUGGCUCACCUGUCUCGCCACCGCAGUCAAGGACAAGCCAGUCAUGCGUUCUUGUCCCGCAGACGUGGCCAUGUCGGGGGCCUGCAACGAGUUUAACUCGCACAACCGCGACGUUGUUGGACAUGACUCUGGGGCGUAUGCGGUGACUGGCGGCGGCUUUGUGUUCGAGUCGUCAGCGACUGGCGGGUGGUCGGGCUGGCGCGAGGACGCCAACAAGUACGACAAGGACGGGGUGCCGGCCGGGGCGGCGUCGUUCCGCGACCCGGGCGCUGGCGGCGUCGACGGCAAUCGGAUCGAUUGGGGCCGGUCGACUUCGAUCCAAACGCCUGGCGGCGGCGAUGUGUGGCUUGUGGGCUGCUUUCCACUCAACAUCGGGUGCCGGUUCAUUCACUAUGCGAGCAACACGCUGUACCGGACGCCCAACAUCUAUGAGCCGGACUCGGGCGGCUUCAAGCCGGCGAUUGUCAAGGAGCUGGACGUGUCAGACGUCGACACGCGGCUUGUUGUGGUGUAUCAAGACUCGUCGACGCUGUACUUUCGGACGUGCGAGGUGGCGUGGGCCGUGCCGCCGACGCUGUCAUCGUGCUCGGCACGGGUGGCGGUGACCACGAGCGGCAACAUCCUCCACCACACGCGCUCGUUUGAUGUAGCCUCGCUUGUUGGUGGCGGCUUUGUUGUGACGUUUACCACCAACGACGGGGCGGGUAACGGUGUGAGCUUUCGGGCGUACCGGCCGACGGCGACGGCGACGGUGUACGAGGCUGUGGGCGAGGCGAUGACACCGGUGACCAACACGGCCGGCAAUCAGCAGAACCCGCGAUGCGACUCGCUAGUUGAGCUAGGUGGAUUUGUCAUUGCCUGGACCGACGCUGUGCUCGACGGAUCAGGCAUGGGCAUCGUGUUCCGGGCGGGCGUUGUUGACAUUGCGGCCGGCAGCAUCGUGCUUGCGGGCGCGGCCGAGACGCUUGUCAACAGCGACGACUCUACCUCCGAUCAGCGGUGGGCCGAUGUGGCCGCCUCGCGCAAGCACCCGUUUGUGGUGAUCUCAUGGAUCGACGACACGGCGGAUCUGAUUGCGUUUCGGCGGUUGAUGUACGAUCUGACGCCGGGCGCUCCACUGGCAGCCAUUGCGAUUUCGGGCACGAUCAAGGGAGUAGGAACCAUUGGCAGCCAUCCAUCCAAUGGUGUGGGCACUGUGAGCGUGGCGUACCAGGACUACGACGCGGCAGCAGGCCUUUCGAGCGUGGUGCUUGUGGCCUCGGGCCGCGACAGUGGCGGGCGCGGGUCGCGAAACCUGGUGUGCCACGCCGGCACACCGACGCAUCUGGUGCUUGAUGCGGCAACGUGCGGCGGACUCGGUGCAGCUGCGAGUUCGACGGCGUGUAUUUCCGCCGCGCUGGUCUCAGUGAGCGCGACGCUCGACGCCACGAUUGAGCUUCCGGCCGGAACGUUUUCCGGACCGUGUAACUUUGUCGUCAGCUCGCCGGUCCGGCUGGUGGGCGCGGGCAUGGGUGUGAGCAACAUUGCAUGCACUGGGCCUGUGAACGGCGCAUCGUUCUCGAUUUCUGGGUCUGACUUUGAUGCGAGCGAGAAGAAACGGUCGGUGUCGAUCCGCGACCUGAGCAUGAGCGGCGGCGGGCCGGUUGCUGUGGCGGAGACGACAGAUGGUCCGAUUGUUGCGCUUGCGCGGCUUGUGCUCGACAGGCUCUCGUGUCCUGACGCGAGCGUGUGUGGUGCAGGCGGAGGCGCGCUCUCGCUGACGAAUGUGGCGCAGUUCUCGCUCAUGCACUCGGUUGUGUCGGGCGCAAGUGCGGGUGCGGGCAACGGCGGCGGUAUUGGCUUCUUUUUCACGGCCGCGACGGGCUCGAUCUCCAUCGCCGAGUACAGCAUGUACUUGUCAAACGUGACGCUUUCAGGCUGCAGCGCGAGCGCGGGCUCGGGCGGUGGGCUGUAUGUGACGGCGCCAGCGGCGCUCGACCUCAAAUCGGUGUUUGUGACGGACGUGCGGUUUUCCGGGUGCUCGGCGGCGGUCGAUGGUGGUGGGAUGAAGGUUGCCGAUGUGGCGGCGACGAGCACGAGUGCGCUUAUGAUAGGUCCACGGCUGACUGUUGAGGCGUGCAGCGCAGGAAAGGGCGGCGGUGGAAUGGCGAUGGAGUCGCUGGCGGUCCCGCUGGUACUGACCGACGUGACUGUGGCUGGGUGCAGCGCGGCGAGCGAGGGGGGUGGUCUGGCGGUCUCGCACCUGUCUGCAACCCUCAAUUCGGGCGGACUGACGCUGACUGGAUGCGCCAUCUCGGGUUGCACAACGAACAGUGAUGGCGGUGGAGUCUACACGAGUGAGGUCUCUGUGGUGCUUGCGGGCGCAACAAGCGUGAGUGGGUGCUCGGCAAGCAGUGGGCGUGGUGGUGGUGUGCUGCUCUCGUCCAACGCACUGGUCAAUCCGCCGGUCCUUGCAAUUGCGUCGAGCGCGAGUGUAUCCGGCAACAUGGCGCAGAACGGUGGUGGAGUGGCGGCGCUGGGUGGCAGAGUCGAGCUCGCACCAGGCUCGCUCAUCGGAGACAACACGGCAAGUGUGUCGGGUGGUGGCGUCCUAGUGGUCUCUUCGCGGGUGCAUUUUUGCAGUGCCGACGGCGCUUUGCCGCGAGUGGUCAACAACGCCGCCCUGGUAUCGGGUGGUGGACUGUUUGUGUGCAUGCUUGAUUCGUCGUGCGGGCAAGAGCUGUGCAACCGGGCGGCCAAAGUUGGCGACGUGCUUCUUAUGCAACCGGUCUCGAACACGACCGGAGCUGCGGUGGGGGCGGCGACGCCGUUUACAACGUCGACGUUGCCGACUUCGCUUGCCGACUUUAGUGGAUCAAGCGCGCCCUCAGGACCGACAGUGGCGUCAGACGCUGCCGCGACAGCGCUGCGGGUGCGGACACUGGCGGCGGACGGAACCGUGGUGUCGGACGAGUUGCAGACGGCAGGCUCGGGAGCAAUAGCUGUGACGAUCAAGUCGGGCGAUAAGCCGUUUGUGACGCGGACGGCCAGUGGCGGGACGCAGGAGAUCAGCAUGGCGGUGACGGAUGUGCUUGGGCAGCCUGCGGCGUUCUCCAAUGUGAGGGCCGGGUUUGUGACUACUAACGCACCAUCGGUCUUUGGUGAGGUCUGCACACGACAAGCUGAUGGCAGUUGCUCGUUUGCGACUCUGCAGGUCUUUGCGUCGGAUUUGUCGCACGUACAGGCUGGAAAGUCGUUCGGCUUGGCGAUGACCUCGCUUUCAACAUGCCUGCAGGUUGCGCCGCUAGACGCGGCGACAGGCGCUGCGCUCCAGGUCUCGGUCGAGCCGUGCGAACAAGGCAAGACGGUGCCGCGAUGCACCAAGUGCCCGCGCGGAAUGGUACUCAAUCUGGUCGACCACAGUGCGCAACAGUGCGAGGCCUGUCCAGAUGGGAUCGGAAACGCGAGCAACAUCGACGCCGCGCCGGCAGCAUUCAUCAAGUGCUUUAACGCAGACGCUUGUCCGGGUGGGGCCGAGUACUCGUCGUGCUCAGGGACCCGUGACAGUGGGUCAUUCACGUGCUUCCGUUGCGAGUCUGGGCUUGUGCCUGACUCGUACGGGCGAUGCAACGAGUGCGGGCCGAUGUGGGUGGCGUAUGUGGGCGGCUUUGCAGUCAUCGCCAUGUUUGGGUUCACCUCUGUGUGGUUCACGUCGCGGUCGAGCAAGUCGCGCGGGGCGUCGCGGCAUACGGCAGCGUCGCCAGCAGCUGUCAUCCGGUCAGGCUUCAACUUUGCGCAACUUGUGGUGCUGAUGGGCGAGCUGAAGGCGCUGCAAUCGUCGACGACGCUGCUUGCGAUUGUGAAUGGCAUUUCGUUUGUGUCGUCGCAGGGCUCGCUCUCGUCGUUCUCGACCCAUUGCUUGGUGGGUUCAUCGUUCUACACUCGGUUUGUGCUCAUUAUGCUCGCACCGUGGCUGUACAUUGCGAUUGCUGCGGUGGUGCUCCUUGCGCGCGGGCAGAUCCGCGGCCUCAUCCGCUACUCUGUGGUUGUACUCUUCCUGCAGUACACCAACAUUGCGACGGUGACAUUCAAGGUCUUCCAAUGCUCAGAUCCCGGAACAGGCGAGCUGCGGCUGGUGGCAGAUCCGGACAUCAGGUGCUACGAGGGCUUGCACGCGCUUUUUGUGACGCUCGCGCUUGUCUCGAUGGGCGUGUACGUGGUGGGCGUGCCGGUGGUCAUGUUGCUGGGCAUGCGGCGGACGCGAUCGAACCCGGAGCGGUUCUGGUUCUACUUUUCGUACCUGGUCAACGGCUUCUCCGAGGACAUGUGGUGGUACGAGGUGUGGGCGGCGUUUUCGCGCAAGGCGCUCAUGGCUGCAGUGGUGGUCUUUAUCACCUCGCCGUCGUUCCAGCUCUCGGUCGCCGGCGGGCUCGUUCUAUGCAUGUUUGCCGUUCAGAUCGCGCUCUCACCGUAUGUGGCCAAGCUGCUCGACUUAAUCGAUGCCAUUGCACUCUUUGUAGUGUACGGAUAUGUCACGUCGGGCGCCGUGUUCCUCGACGAGGAAAACUCAGCGCAGACGAAGGAUACGGCUGAAGGCCUGGUUGUCGCUGCCAUUGCCGGAGUCUUUGUGGUCGUUGUCCUCGCAGUUGUAUUUGCCGGCUCGCGUAAGCUCUUUGCCACUUGCCUCCCUCAACCCGAAUCGAAAGCCGAGGCUGAGGCCGAUGACAAGGACGUAGUUGUGGCCGAGAUGAUGCCGCUUGGCAUCGGGUCGUCAUCGUCGUCAUCACUGAGCUCGGACUCGAACAGCCGUGACAGCAAGACCAGGUCGUCGUCGACGACGCUAGAGUCAACUCGGCAGCUGAACGGCAAGGUGGUGAGUCGGUCCGGACCAUCGAAGAUGCGGCGUCCGUCGGGCGUGUACCGCUUUGACUCGUCAGAAUCGGACAGUGGAUCGCGGCGCAACUCGCGCUUCAGCUCGCGGCGCAACUCGCGGACAAUUGGGCCACGGCGGCUCUCCAAAUCGUCGGCAGUAGCGGCACGGGUUGUGGAUCUCGACACGAGCGACUUUUACAAGCCGCCACCGGGUGCUCAUGCGUAA